AUGCAUGCGCCAGGGCAUGGUCGCCUGCGUCGUCGGUGUCGUCGUCCGUCGCGCACAACACCACAGAAUCACAACGGUAGAAAGGUUCUCUUUCCUCCUCAUUCCCACGGCGCUCCUACUUUCACACGCUCCGACUUUCACUUCCUGUCUCUCUCUCUCUCUGUCACACACACACACACACAAGACUACACGGGCGCGUCCCCCUCGCCCAGGAUGCGCACCGCCCUGAUCGCCAGCGCCGCCGCGGCGCUGCUGUUCGGCACCUCGGCGUCGGCGGCAUCGACCAAGGGCGUCAUCAGCGAUACCAUUGUCAACGACGAGCAGGCGUGCAAGUCGCUAUGCGGGCUCAAUGAGGGGUGCCUGACGGCGCUGUACCACAUCAAGUGCCACGAGUGCUGGCUGUUCGACUGCGCUCUCAAGCGGGCGCCCGAGGGGACGUCCGGGGCGGGCAAGGCGACGAUCAAGCCCAAGCCUGAGUGCGAUGCCGGGGUGGUGCCGGCGCUGCCGACGGAGUGCAAGAAGGGGACCGACGGUGGUGACGGCGACGACGGUAGCAGCAGUAGCAGCAGCAGCAGCAGUGGGAAAGCGACGGCGACCGGGACGGCGGCCGGUACCGCCACGACGACCGGAGGAGGAGCAGGAGCGACUGCGGAUAAGACGACGAGCGCGGGAGGCACGGCGACGCAGACAAAGGACUCAGCGGCCGGGAGGCUGGGCGACGCUUGGGGGUGGUCGGCGUCGCUGGCGGUGGUGCUCGCCGCGGCGGCGGGCGUUGCGGCUUGCGCGUAA